AUGGACGCCGCCGAGAGAUCGGACAGGCGCGACGGCCGCCGACGAGGCCGGCGCUGCGCAUCACAGCCGCAUUACAAUUAUAGAAGACUAGAUUACAGCCUGUCAGAACUUCGAGGACAGUACUUCAUGUGCUCUGCCAAAUACACUGAUUGGAACACUACCAUUGACCUUCUCAACUCUUUUCAGAAUCCCGGGACUGACACGAGCAGAACGGUACUCCGCCACCAGUGCCGCGUGGAGAGGGGCCCAUCGACAGGAAUCGAUCACGCCUACCACCAGAGCCUCUGUGACAGCCACGCCAGAUAUCCUGACGAAAUACCCAUGAAGCUGACUGAUGUUCUGGUCUGCCGUAUCCUACGGAAGAGCAUCGCUCAGCAGUCUGCACACAGGACCAAUCAGUACUCCGCCUCUGAUCAGGAGCACUUUGAACCCAAACUCAAGCAAGAGUGCAUUUGCAGGAGAGUCCCAAGAUUUGCAGCCAAAUACAAGUUCUUCUUCUCACUCAUGCCAGGAAAUAUGCGAGAUCUUGAAAGCAUAUUUCCAUCUCCAGAUCAGAAAAUGACUGCAUCUCUAAUCCCAGCGGCGCACAACACGGGCGGCUCUCUGCCAGACCUGGACCAACAUCCAGAUUCCCCUCCCUCUCCCCACACCCUGGAUCCUGAUGACUCCUCAUCCUCUCUCAGUGCCUCCAACAGCACUGGCAACCCUGGCCAACACUCAUGGGCCUCACGUGUGACAUCAGCCCAGCCCACAGCGACGAUGAGCGUUCAGCGCCGCCAUGAGAAUGUAGUUCCCCUGAUCCUCAACACAGACUCCCAGCAGCACCCGAGUCUUCAGCAGCUGUCGCCCCUCACCUCUCACCUCGCUCUCUCUCGCACAGUAGACGCCAUGACGCUGGAGCAGCAGUUGGCUCAGUAUGCGUUCUUCAGUCAGCCGUCCAGACACAGGGGUCGUGGGGCUUCCUCAGCUCCAGCAGAACACCCACUGCCACCUGUCUCUGGCAGCCAGACGCAAACCUCUGUGGGCAUUGAUAUUAACCACUGCAAGAGAUCCGCUGCUUCCCUCCAGCAGUACCGCUGUAGGGUGGGGUCUUCGCCAAAUCAGUCUCCAACUUCUCCGGUCUCCAAUCAAGGCUUCUCUCGGGGCUCGCCUCAACACUCAUCCAUUCUCGGAAGUGUCUUUGGUGAUGCCUUUUACGACCAGCAGCUGUCCCCUCGGCAGACCAGCGCUUUGUCUCAGCAGCUGGAGCAGUUUAACAUGAUAGAGAAUCCCAUCAGCUCAAACAGUCUGUACACCGAGGGAUCCACUCUGAACUACUCUCAAGCUGCGAUGCUAAACCUCACCGGGAGCCACGGCAGCCUGCAGGACGCGCAGCAGCUAGGCUACAGCAGCCACGGGAAUAUCCCUAACAUCAUUCUCACAGGUGACGUGAGCUUUGACGCAGAUUCCCAGUUCCCUCUGGAUGAGCUGAAAAUCGAUCCGCUGACGCUGGACGGCCUGCACAUGCUCAACGAUCCGGACAUGGUUCUGGCCGACCCCGCGACAGAGGAUGCUUUCCGGAUGGACAGGCUGUAAUCUUUAAGUAUACCAUGUUCAUUUGUCCUUCUUUGAGAUGGGUGUGUUUAAAUGGGAGAGGAGCAGCAUGUCUGGAGGACACUUAGACCCUGUUUCUCAAAGCCCAUCCUCUGGGAAGAGAUUGCUGCGAAUGCUGCCACGGCAUGCUAGGGGGAAAAAAUGGGAAAGCAGCGCUGC